GGGGUGGUGCGUGUCGGCUAGAUGUCUCUGGAGUGCGGCGUCGAUAAUGCGACGAGGUCGAUGGGCACCGUGCGGGCCCUGCACCAGACGGUCGUGGGCCUGAGAACGGCCCUCGAAAGCUGCAAGCAGCAAGGCGAGCGGCUGAGCUCGCAGAACCGCGAGCUGCGAGAGCGCCUCCGCAUGGACGACGAGGACGACGAGCUUGACGACAUCGAGCUCAUCUUCACGACCGAGGGCGCCGGCAGCGUGCCGCCGCAGGAGCCCCUCGAGUCCAUCAUCGAGGAUGGCGGGCCGCUCGCUGCCCCGGGCACCCGCCCCAUUUACAGACCCCUGGCGCACAGAGACGCAUUGCGCGCGACGCGUGCGCCCGCAGCGUCGCGCAGCAGUGCCGGCGCGCAGACGGAUGUGACGGCAGUGCAGUGGCGCAGCGAGGGCUUCCUCAACCGGCGGCCGCUGCGGCCCGUGCUGGCCCUGCCGCGGCCGACGGCCUCCAAGCAGCUGUCCAACCUGGGCUUCACGGCCAUGGUGCCCGAGCUGAGCCGCUCCGUGGACCACGACCUCGCGCGCCAGCCGCCGCGCACAGUCGAACGCUGGCCCUGCGAGUGUCUCGCCGCCUCCACGCACCACUGGGACUCGUUGCGCAGUCCCUGGUGCGAUAAAGAAAGAAGACGUUUUUCGUGGCGAACGGCGCAAAGCAGUGCGGAAACUAAUAGAGGAACAUUAACCAGGAAUAGCGCAGUCUGGGGUUCAGUUCCCGCGUCACCGGACGUUCCUCCUCCUGGACCGUACAUUGAGUGGGCUGGAGACGAGCAAUGCUGCUGUUGCCGGCGCCGCGUAUUCUUCUCAUCGCCGUCGCUGGCGGCGCCGCCAGCGGCGUGGCUGUGCCGGGGCUCGCUGCCCGACCUACGAACCACGGAGCCCUUGCUGCUGGACCUGCGGCCGCCGCUGUCCUCGCGACCCUUCCUACCACGCCAGCCGCGCGACCUGAAAGAGGACUGCCUGGCCAAGGUGAUCGGCCCUGAAGGGCGCGUGCUCGUCGGCAAGGUGCGCUUCGUCGGUAGCGCCACCACUGCCGGCUUCAAAGAGCCGGUCGUCGGCCUCGAGGUGGCCGAGUGCGGCGACUCGGAUGGCACCGUCAACGGCCACAGACUCUUCACCUGUGAGGCUGGCCGAGGCCUAUUUGUACCGUUCCGAAAAGUCAUCCUUGCCUGGCACUGCUGAACCUCCGCCAAGUGUAUGAUAACUGUGUAAAUGUUUCUCUUCGCGCAGCUUAAAAUGUGUGUCAUAAAAAGAAAUUAAAAAACCCUCUGAAGAGUUUACCAGUGUCGCAUCAACAAAUAUAUAAUAAAUAUAGUUUUCUCUUCCA